UCCAAAUGGCGGGAACAGCGAGGCAAUGCAAAAAGACUCAGUGCUCAACACAUCGAGCAUGGCGAGUGCGAAGGUUUGAAGAUUUGAAAGCUGGUUUUGAAAAGUUGCUAUCCUUCGAUCUCUGUGGCCAACCAGGGUCACCGGAAGCCGUUCUGGAUGAGCCGCAAGGCUUCUUGUCACCAAGAACUCAGCUAUAAUUUUGUCUAGGAGAGACGGGCAGCGAUGUCGAGUACUCCGAUACGGCUUACGCCGCGGAAAACGAGCGGGCUGCACCGCAUCAGGAAGAAAAGCCGUCGGAUGGCAGAGUCGUUCACGGAGUCUUCCCUGUCCGCAAGCAUGAUGGAGACGGAGGACAGUAGCGAUGAAGCCGAUGAUUCGCCUCAGAUGUCGGCGGCUGCUCGCUCGUUGGCCUUUCUCACCACCUCAUCCUCGUCUGCUCAAAAUCGACCAAAUGAUUUAUCACCGGCCGCUCCACCGGACCGACAAACGAUUACGUGUGUUGGACGUCGUCUACAUAACCUCUUGAAGUUGCCGAAGGCCUACAGGUUUUGCUGCUACGAAUGGUUUUACUCUACGAUAGACAAGCCUCUCUUUGAAAACGACAACGACGAUUUUUCAAGUCUUCUAAAAGCCUACUUCCCCAACCUGAAGACGCGGAUGCUGACCAAAGCCCAGUGGGGGCACGUGCGGAGACUAAUGGGCAAGCCAAGACGUUGCUCGGCAGCGUUUUUGGCUCAGGAGCGGCGCUCUCUAGAGGAGAAGCGGAAACUGAUCCGAACCCUCCGAGCGAACAAGCCGGUCGGGUCGUUCAACUACAAGAACAUGGAGUUGCCGCGGGAGAUUCCGGCGGCGCUCACAAUCGGCACCAACGUAACAGCUUGGUUACAUGGCUCUCCUAGUGAGAACAUGUUCGGUUUGUUCACUGGCGUUGUGGAGGCCAUCGACCAGGCCAACGGACAGUACAGAAUACGAUUCGAUCGGAAAGGUCUCGGGACUCACAAUGUACAUGACUGCGAUGUUCUGAGUAACUCGCGUGUGGAGACGAUGCCUAUUUCACCGAUGCCUCCCAUCCCACCUUCUCAUGAAAAGCACAAUUUUCAAUUCAGUCCAUUAUUCACGCCCGGCCUGACACCGCCCAAGUUGGUAACUGGCACUCCGGGUGGCACCUCUCUACCAAGACUGCUCAACGACCCACACAUGGGAGCACAGGGUGUCACGCCAAUCUACAACAGCACGCCCAUCGCAAAACAGUCGGUCCCUGCGAGCUCAACGAACGGCACCGGCAACACGGAAAUGCUGCGUGGCUUCCCAACGGACUUCUUACGUGUCGUGGCUCAGCUGACUAAGAUACUGUCGUUCAAGCGCGAGCGUAUCAACCGACUCAAGGAGCUCAACUCCGAAGCAGAGAGACUGGAUCUUAUCCAGCAGCCGCGCAGUGCAGAGUUUCAGCAGCAGUAUUCCUACGUGCUGCUCGAUCUGGAGGCUCUGAACUUGCAUCUGAAUCAAACCAUGCCCAGGGUGACCAUGUGGUGUGGAAAGCUGAAUCCCAACAGUGUUGAUUUGCCAAUGUCCAUACCGGAUGCGUGCAACAACAGAGCGUCUCAGAUGGUUGACAGCUUCAACGUCAGUCCUAACGGGACUCCACGUGUGCGUAGUGAUCGUGCGGUGCUCCUGAUUACAAGACUUGUGUCACUCCUUCUGCAACUUCAAGAGGCAAGUAGAGGGAACACGGUCAACGCGUAUGAGCUGGGUUGCAUCCACGAGUCGCUGCAGGAACUCAAGAGCAACCCAAACAUUGUCUCAGCGUCCAAUGUUGGGAUGUUUGAGAACAGUGUUGAGGUGCACAUCCAGCACAUCAUGACCGGUCUCUAUCAGCGCGGCUCGCUUUACCAGUACAGCAUGGCGCAGGCGCAGCUGCAGCCAGUGCCACCGCCGGCGCAGCCUCACCAGCCACCGCCACCCCCACCACCACCGGUAUCACAGCUGCAAGCACUGCCACCACAGGCACCACCUCCACCACCACAGCCGCAUUCUCAGCAGCAACAGCAGAGUUCACAAACAGCAUCGCAGCUCCAGCAACCAGUCUUCCAGCAGACGCCGAGAACGCUGCAGGUGCAGCAGACACCGGCAGCCCAGCAGCAACAACAACAACAGCAACAACCUGCCAGCAUACCAGCGUCGGCAGCUGCAAUUGGCCAGCAAGUUGUGAGCAGUCACUUGCACACAAUAUCCCUGUCGGCUCUACCCAGCAUGGCGCCCACCAACGCCAGCUCCAGUACUCGGCCAGCAGAGCAAGACAUGCAGGUACAACCCCAAGCGCAAACAACACAGCAAGCGCAGCAGCAGUUCAUCCCUGUGCCUGCACAGCCGGGUGCGUUUUGAUAACCGCUUUCGUUUUGGAUCGCUGCUGCCCUGUGUCCUGGGUGUUCCGUGACACAUUGCGUUUGGCAGUAUUGUACAAAGCCAUUCUCCUUCCGUCCCCUCCAAGAAGUCAUGUAUUGUCCGUAUCUUGAACUGAUCUGUCAGUCCUGGCCAGGCACCGGUACGUUCCAUCACUGCAGCGCUGCGCAGGUGUCCAGCUAGCCGGCAUGCGGUGUCUGGUUGACGUGCUUGUUUGAAUGCUAGACUGAGUUCUAGCCUAGCCUCACGUCAAUCUCUACUCAGUGAGUACAGUGUCCGUGUACAUAUUGAUUGACUGGUGUGUGUGUGUGCGUGCGUGCGUGUUUGUGUGUGUGUGUGUGUGUGUGUGUGUGUGUGUGUGUGUGUGUGUGUGUGUGUGUGUGUGUGUGUGUGUGUGUGUGUGCAUGUAAUAUCCCUGGGCAUGUUCCUUUGCCAUGCGCCUCUCUCGCUGGUAAGGUUCGUCGACCAGUUGGUGAAGCCAUGUGAGGAUAUCCCCUGUCCCUACAUUUCCCCCCUGGUCCCCUUUCCAUGUACGGACUUCCUCUUCAUUGCUGUACGCUGCUUUUGACUCCCGACUUUAGUUCCUAAAUUUGACAUGUGAUUAUGUCAUCGUGACGUCAUCAUGAUGUCAGCCUAGUAGUAGAGUUUUUUUAUGUGAUGUACAUAAUCAGUAUGAUAUGCGACGUAGUAGUGCAAGUAGUAUCUAUUUGAGAUCUGUGAGACGGCGCGACGUGUGUGUCUGUGUGUGUGCGUGGUGUGUGUGUGUGUGUCUUGAGAUUUAUUUCCUUGCACUUUUAGGCCUGCCUGGCACUUCUUUCUCGUUUGUUGCUGUAACAUUAGCCGGCUUCCUGAGCUUUUUUGUUACUUACCCCCCUCUACUCAUGGCGCUUUGCCACUUGGUCCUGGUGAGAUCUUCUCCUGGUGAGAUCAUGUUCAUGUUGUAGAUAUCAUUGACAUUGUAGUAGACUUUCGUUUCUUCGUUUCUUUCACUUCUUUAUUAACCCCUCGCUUUUGAUAUUCUACUUCGGGCGCAAGGCGCCGGAUGUGGGUCUCUCGCUGCUGUUGGCGGCGAAACUGGA